AUUCUCCUGUGUAUUGCCCUCAGUAACACGCUGCGCCGCCAUGCCCACCAUUAGCGUCGGUAGGGAUCAUCUGUUCGCUGCAUUAGGCAGAACUUACACACAAGAAGAGUUUGAGGAUCUCUGUUUCCGCUUUGGGAUUGAACUCGACGAUGUGACAACAGAAAGAGCCAUAAUUAGGAAAGAGAAGCACUUGGAGGAGGAGGUUGACGACGAUGAGGAAGUUAUUUACAAGAUUGAAGUUCCUGCCAACAGAUAUGACUUGCUGUGCCUGGAAGGGCUAGCACAAGCUCUCCGUGUUUUCAAUGGGAUUGAGCAAAUACCCAAUUUCACAGUUGCUAACAUUAGCAGGGACUCAAUGCUUAAAAUGCAUGUCAAAAAAGAGGUGGAAGAGGAACAGAGGCAGCGAACUGAGUGAAGUGCAGGGAGAAAAGGGAGCAUCGGAGAAGGGAGAACAAAAAAGGUUAACGGUGUUAAUAAUCUUCUGGUUGCAUGUGAUGAGUUGGUUAUGAUUUGGCAAGAGGUGAUUACCUGUCAUUUUGUUAUUGGACCCGGAUACCACAUCAGCUGGUAUACCAGGGAUAUAGUAGACUUCCUCCAAUUUAAGAGGGGUGGGGAGUCCAAGCCAGCACAGCUGUUAAAUUGUGUCUCCGGGCUUGGUGAUGAUGAAAAUAUCUCGAAAGGAGAACAAGUAGUAUUACCAAGAUUUUGAGAAGUUGUUUUCAGGCAAGGACCAUAAUUGGGUUCAUUUCUACCAUCAAUCAGCCUUCAUGACACUCUUCUAUCAGCAUUCAAGAUGGAACCAACUACCAUAAUUACUUGCACAACAGGACACAUUAAAGGUCCCUCCCUCCAGAUAUUUGUAGCCUCAUACUACACCUCCAUUGAACCUACACAUUUUGUUCUUCAACCUUUCUCUGAACCAACCUUCUAAAAGACUUUCUUCAUCGGCCUGAUAAUGGCUGAAAACCCAGAAAAAUGGCUGAUUCUCAUUUUAACAACCUAUUUAGCCUUCACUGUUGUCCUCUCAACAAAAGACCCACUGCCAAAGAAGACUUAUAUUGUGCAAAUGGAUAAGUCUGCGAUGCCUGCAUCAUUCUCCGAUCACCUUGAAUGGUACACAUCAAAACUACAGUCAGUAGUCUCAACAACUCAGAUAGAAGGAAACGCAAAUAAUGAAGAUAGGGUAAUUUACAGUUACCAUAAUGCUUUUCAUGGCCUUGCUGCUCAGCUGACUGAAGAAGAAGCAGAGAAGCUUGAAGAAGAAGAUGGUGUAAUUGCUAUAUUACCAGAGACGAAGUACCAACUGCACACCACGAGGAGUCCUUUGUUCCUUGGGCUAGAACCAGAACAAAGCACCAGGAUCUGGUCUGAUAAAGUAGUGGACCACGAUGUCAUAGUUGGAGUGCUUGAUACUGGUAUUUGGCCAGAGAGUGCAAGUUUUAACGAUACAGGCAUGACACCGGUGCCUGCUCACUGGAAAGGAACUUGUGAAACUGGCCGAGGCUUUGAAAAGCAUCACUGCAAUAGAAAAAUUGUGGGGGCCAGAGUAUUCUACCGGGGAUAUGAAGCUGCUACGGGAAAAAUCAAUGCUCGAAAUGAGUAUAAAUCAGCAAGAGAUCAAGACGGGCAUGGGACUCACACAACAGCUACUGUUGCUGGCUCGCCAGUGCAAGGUGCAAAUCUCUUGGGUUAUGCCUAUGGAACUGCAAGAGGAAUGGCACCUGGUGCAAGAAUUGCAGUUUACAAGGUUUGCUGGACUGGUGGAUGCUUCAGCUCAGAUAUACUGUCAGCAGUUGACAGAGCAGUUGCUGAUGGAGUGAAUGUUUUGUCAAUAUCUUUGGGUGGUGGGGUGUCAUCUUACCAUCGAGACAGCUUGUCAAUAGCAAGUUUUGGAGCAAUGGAGAUGGGUGUUUUUGUCUCCACCUCAGCUGGAAAUGGAGGACCAGACCCUGUCAGUGUAACAAAUGUAUCACCAUGGAUAGCCACAGUUGGAGCUAGCACCAUGGAUAGAGAAUUUCCUGCCACUGUAAAGCUGGGGACUGGCAAGGCUAUAACUGGAGUCUCACUCUAUAAAGGCCGAAGAGUUUUGUCAGCAAAUAAGCUUUAUCCUCUGGUUUAUAUGGGUGGCAACUCAAGCAACCCUGAUCCCAGCUCAUUGUGUUUAGAGGGAACUUUGGAUCCACAUAUUGUUGCUGGAAAGAUAGUGAUCUGUGACCGGGGCAUCAGUCCUCGAGUGCAAAAGGGUCAGGUGGUGAAAGAUGCAGGAGGAAUAGGAAUGGUUUUGGCAAAUACAGCAGCCAAUGGAGAGGAGCUGGUUGCAGACUGCCACCUCCUCCCAGCAGUUACCGUGGGAGAGAUAGAAGGAAAAGUGAUCAAGCAUUAUGCUUUAACAAGUGCAAAUGCGACUGCAUCUCUGGGAUUUUUGGGAACCAAACUAGGAAUUCGGCCAUCUCCAGUGCUGGCAGCAUUUUCAUCCAGAGGACCAAAUUUACUCUCACUUGAAAUCCUCAAACCUGAUAUGGUUGCACCUGGGGUGAACAUUCUCGCUGCCUGGACUGGUGAAAUUGGUCCAUCAAGUUUGACAACAGAUAACCGGAGAGUGAAAUUCAAUAUAUUGUCUGGAACUUCCAUGUCCUGCCCUCAUGUGAGUGGAAUUGCUGCCUUGCUUAAGGCCAGACAUCCAGACUGGAGUCCUGCAGCAAUAAAGUCUGCCCUGAUGACAACAGCUUAUGUUCAUGAUAACACCCAUAAUCCACUCAAAGAUGCUGCAGCAGCGGCACCUUCAACCCCAUAUGAUCAUGGAGCUGGGCACAUAAGCCCAUUGAAGGCUUUAGACCCAGGUUUGAUUUACGACAUUGAUGCGCAGAAUUACUAUGAUUUCCUCUGCACACAGGAGUUGACUCCAACACAGCUCAAAGUUUUUGGCAAAUAUUCCAACCGAUCAUGCCAAAACACUGUUGCCAGUCCAGGGGACCUGAACUACCCGGCAAUCUCAGUGGUGUUCCCAGAUAACACAUCCGUUUCAAUUUUGACCAUCCACAGAACUGUCACAAAUGUUGGCUCUCCCGUUUCAAAUUACCAUGUUUCAGUUUCACCAUUCAAAGGUGCUACCACAAAAGUUGAGCCAGAAACCCUGAAUUUCACCAGCCAAAAUCAGAAACUGUCUUACAAGAUUACAUUCACAACAAAAUCUCGCCAAACAAUGCCUGAGUUUGGAGGUCUAGUGUGGAAGAAUGGAGUACACAAAGUAAGAAGCCCAAUUGUUAUCACAUGGCUAACAGCAUCAUAGAGUGUAGGGCUUUAUUUUCACCAAGAAAUAUGGAGAUCUAUGGUUUCAUUCACAAUAAACUAUAUUUUUGUAAAUGGGCCAGGAAGCUCUCUAAUUUUAUUAUUUAGAAAUUAAAAAUGCAUUCUUCUAACAAUCUAUUAGUGUUCUCGCAUGUACAGCUUAAAAUAACAUUUCCAGGCAUAU